AGUAGUGAAGAAACAGCAUGCAUACGUCAUCUGCCUCUGGGGUCAAUCGCUCAAAUACGUGGUCGGAGCUGUCGUGCUCGGACAGAGCAUCAAGAACCAGUGUCCGAAAACUAGGAGUGGCGAAAUCAAGAUGAUCUGCAUGCACACAAAGGAUGUCCCGCAC